AUCGUUGAGGGUAGUUUGUAUAUAUACAUAUGUAACGAUUAUUUCAGUUCGUCAAGAAAGUUCCAAGAAAUUAUACCAAUCCAAGAUGUGUGCAUUAGCUCCUUUUCCGACCCCAAACUGGCCCUUAGUUAAUCCCAUUGGAUACGAACACAACUAUAUGAUGUAUGAAGGCGGCAGUGAAUGUUUAGAGUCAUUCCUUCAAUUUCCUCCAUCACCACAAGAAGGAAUUCCACUUGAAUCUCUAUCUCCUACAUCUAAUUUCACCCAAACCAGUAAUUCUGACCCCUGCAUAGUUAAGAAACUCAACCACAAUGCAAGCGAACGGGACCGGCGGAAGAAAGUUAACAAUAUGUAUUCAUCCCUCCGUUCAUUGCUGCCGGUAGCUGAUCAAACGAAGAAGUUAAGCUUUCCGGCCACAGUUUCACAUGCACUGAAAUAUAUACCAGAGCUGCAACAGCAAGUGGAGAGAUUGGUUCAGAAAAAAGAAGAGCUUUUGUUAAGGAUAUCUGAGCAGGGUGGUGUUAAGCCUUGUGAAGAAAAAGAAGAGGCGCGAAAAAGAAACAACAGGAAGCAGGGAAGUUGUUUAGGUGGAGUUGGUGUUUCCAUAAAUAGGUCAAGUGACGGUGAAGUUGCAAUUCAAAUAUCAAUUCGGGAAGUUGACAAGAGAAGUGGAUUAUUAUCUGAGAUGUUGCAGUACUUAGAGCAACAAGGAUUCCUCGUAUUAAAUGCUUCUUCUUUCGAGUCAUUUGGAGGUGUCGUCUUCUACAAUAUUCACCUUCAGAUGGAAUUGGAAACAAGUAGGAAAAUGGGAUCAGAGGAAGCUUUGAGUGAGAGGAUUUUUGCACUGUGUUAUAAUAGGGAAGAGCUGGGACUCUAAAAUCUAAUAGUCGUGGUUUAUAGGAUCAAUUUCAAAAUCUAAAGAAUUACUUUAUUAAUAAUAUAAAGGGCAUGAAUGAGCGAUGUUGUCCCUGAAAUUGCUUUCUGUAAUUUUAUGGGCAUGAAAUCCAUUUUUCCACUUGAUUAA